UGAUCGCCACACCCACGUCUGCCAUGUCCAUGAAGUCUCCUACGCCCAGCGACACUGUCGAUGCACGAUCAAGCACGGUCGAUGUGUCCAUCUCCACCUCCAUCGUCAAGAUAUGACCUUCGACGUGGAGCCCCUCGCUCAGUGUAUACGACAUGACCUUGACGUUGGAGACCAUGUCUAGUGACACGGUCGGUGUGCAAUCAUGCACGAUCGACUCGUCCACCUGCACGUCCGUCAUCACCAUCAUGACGUGCUCGGCAAGUAAGGCCAGCCCUCGAUGUGACGUUCACGGCGACGCGCCCAGAAGCACGUCAAUGGGUUCGUCAAUAACAAGAUCCGUCACUGCUCCGACACAGUGUAAGAUCGGUCUGUGCGAGCAUCAAUGCAAGAAGAUGCACAGUACAUCCACAUUGCUGGAUGUACUGGCUUCCUCAAGCUAUCCAGCCUCGUCGAAGACUAAGCAGCCAGACAGGUCACAGGUCGUCCGACGCACAGACCAGCUGGGACAACGCUCCGUCAAAGCGACGCAGUCGGCAUGCAGCCAGGCAUGUGCAUGACUGCGAGGCCAACAUGCGUGACGAUGACGUGAUUGACGUGUUCAGAAGCUCGUCGAUCAGCUCGUCGACAUCACUGCCCGCAUCGACCUUGGCGACAUGCCAGGCUCGCGUCAGGUCCGACAAGACCGACCUGCGCGAGCAUGCGGUGUCGAUGGUUACGGGCCGUCUCGAUGACGAUGACCCACGCAGGCGCAAUUACGACCUCGACGCGCACACGUCGAGCACUUCCACGUCGUAUUACACACGCCGCACGCACGAGGAACCAACCUCGAGCGUGCGCGGUACGCCCUCCUUUAUGACUGCUGAGCAAGCUAUCGAGCAGUCAACGAGAUACAGUACACCCGAGUCGCUGGAUGUACUGAUCUCGUCGUGUUCGACAACUCCUACCUCGGACAUCUCGCGUCCACCUCAACAUGGCGGCGAUACUCAUCCCGUAAUCAUCAAUGCCGACCACUGUACGUGCAAGGAUGUGCCCUUGCUCGUAUGCAAUGUACUGUCGAGUACUGCGGGCGCAUCGUGUAACAAGACGAGGUCCAACGGGGACUGUCCUGUACAGGUUUGGCUAUUAGGGUUCAUCGCUCAAGGUAACACUUCAGUCGAGACGGGUGAUCAGUCCGUCUAGGGUCGUGAGAGAGUAAGUGUUGUUGAUUACUAACUACUAUACGGUUACAGUAGUUAUCAACGAGAGGGCGAGUUAGAGAGAGAAAGAAGUGAGAGAGAUGAGAGGGAGAGAUGUUUGGCCAGCAAAGUGUGUCCUCCUUUGUUCAACUCUUCGUCCUUAUAUACAUUUGCGUGAUGCUCUAAAUGCUCGCGCUGAGACCUGCUCGAGUUAAUGCUCGAAAGCACUAAGUAUAUUGUCGUAAGUUCGAG